GAAGUGAGGAGCCUGCCGCCGCUGAGCUGCUUCCAUGAGGAGGCACAAGCAGAAAUCAGGCUGGCGUAAUGAUCUCCGUGGCUGUCCUGUGGGUUGUAUCCUCUGUCCUCUCUGCAAUUAUCAUGACUGCUCUGUGCAUCACCUGCAGGAGACGUAUACCUGUACACAUAACAGAGACUGAUUACUACGUCGACAAGCCCCAAUAUUCUGUUCCACCAUCAAGUUUCAUGAUCAUCAACAGGCCGCCAGUUCUUCCACGAUCGUCAUCCUCCCAGGCCACCAUGUAUCCGCAGGAUUUCCUGCUCACCAUUCCGAAAUCUCCUGUACCCACUGAGAGCCGGAGGAGUUCGAUGGGAAGAGAAGUACAAGGUUUUGCAAAAAGAAGUCAAUGUGUGCCACUCUCAAUGGGAGGCCUCAAUUCUAGAAACACGGAAAAUGAAGAUGAUGAUGAUGGUAUAUACGAUGAUGAAGGAGGAGAUCCAAAUUACUCCAAAAACAGCUUGGCCUGUGGUUAUAUCGUGGUGCUCCCAGACGACAGUGACACCAACCCUGGACCACCAGUGGAGGUCUCACCUUCCAUUGUGGACAACAGAGCAAGCCUCUCCUCUGUUGCCACGGAUGACAAUUAUGUAAAUGUGGGCACUUCAAGCGACUCAAAGGUUACGGUCGAUGACAAUUAUGUGAAUGUUGGGGAUUCCAGUGAUUCGAAGGGUGGGAGUCUAGAGUACGUUAACGUGGAUGACGCAGAAAAACUUCCCAUUAAUCAUGACAGUGAAGAUGACGAUAUGCCGGAUUAUGAAAACGUUGUCAAUGGGCAAACAGAUUAGGACUCCGCAGCCAUUGAAGGAUGGACUCUUUUUUAACACUGGAAGAUUUCUCCCUUAUUUCCGGACCAAAAGAAGAAAUUAUAUUGUAUUGAUGAUCCUGAGUUUGUUUUUGCACAUUCUCAACCUAAUUUCUCCAUGGUGGCAAACCUUGGCUCUUGUUUCGGGAAGGCCAGAUAUGUAUACCCCCUUUCCAUGCUGGACCAUUCCGCUCUGUGGGGUUGAUGUGUGCCUACUUUAGCGUCUAGUCGUUUUCAACCUCCGAAGUCUUUAUCUGCUGGCGCCAUGACUGUGAGAAUUGACCAUGUGGGAAUUAUUUAAAUCUGCUUCUCCGAGGCCGAAAUACAUGAGGUUAUGGUGCAAGGAAAUGGACCACCAUCUUUAUAUUAUUUGUCUGGCAUUAACAAUGAAGUCCAACUCUCCAAACCUUUACAGUUGAGCAAUCUGCUGAUAGGGCGUUCUUAUGUAAAUGGCUGUUGUCUGGCGUUAAUUGAAGACGAUGAACAUAUUAUGGGAUUAUAACCUGGAAUAGACGCAACAUGUAUAAAACUUUCCUUUCAUGCAUGGAUAAAUUAAACUAUACGAUGCAACAUAGCACGUUACAAGCUAUUCAUACACGUUGCGCCAUUUUAGUGGCCUUCAUUACGUCAAUAUGUUUUUGGUUUUUAUUCAUCGCUUCAAAAUGCUUUAUCCUCUGUCUGAUGUUUCUUUUUAAUAUAAUGCUGUAUGGUUGGGGUCAUCAUCUGGCCAGUACUGUUCUUACCAGGCUGAUAAAAAUGGCACUCAUAGCUCUCUAAUCAAUGAGAAGUACAGUAUGUCAUAUUUGAUCCGCCCUCUCACCAGUGAUCAGCGAUGAGAAGGGGUUGGGCUUUGAUCGCAGGCUGUGGGCCUGCCUCGCGGCUGACUUCAAAACAUUUUUGUCCAUCAGGGGGGUAUCUGGGUAAUCACCCCCCCCCCCCCCCCACCCCGGUAUGCACCGCUGGUAACCCCUCUCUCCCACCCACCCUGAUGCUCCUCCUCAUGUAGUAAGUCAGAGACGCACCAGGCUCCACUACAUUUUCCUACUCUGGUAUUUAGAUUGACCCAGAACCUAUAAAAGUUAAAGAGGUGUUUACAGUCUAUGGGCCGUAUCCAGAUAUGGACGCAAUUCACAUUGCUGCUUUGUAUUUGUGAUGUCAAAAGACAAGACUACGUAUUUGGGAACACUGGCCAUCCCCUUCCCCAGCCAACUCCCGAAAUGCCUGCAGCCUGUCAAUCAGGCAUCGUCUUUGAGGAACGGUAUCAGGACUCCAGGUCGACAACAAAAAGGUCGACACGCCUCAGGUCGACUCCAAUUGGUCGACACGCCUUAGGUCGACAUGGACAAAAGGUCGACAUGGACAAAAGGUCGACAGGAACAAGGUCGACAUGGAAAAAGGUCGACAUGAGCUUUUCACAAUUUUUUUCUUUUUUGGAACCUUUUCAUGCUUAACGAUCCACAUGGAUUACGAUUGGAACGGUAAUCUGUGCCGAGCGAAGCGGAGUGAAGGCACCAUGCCCGAAGCAUGGCGAGCGAAGCGAGCAUGCGAGGGGACGCGGUGCACUAAUUGGGGUUCCCUGUCACUCUACGAAGAAAACGACACCAAAAAAACAUAAAAAACUCAUGUUGACCUUUUUCCAUGUCGACCUUGUUCCUGUCAACCUUUUGUCCAUGUCGACCUAAGGUGUUUCGACCAAUUGGCGUCGACCUAAGGGACCUAAGGUGUGUCGACCUUUUUGUUGUCGACCUGGAGUCCCCAGACCCUUGAGGAACUGUAAGAGACCGGCAUAUGCGCAGUACAGGUCCAGCGCAUACUGAUCUUCUAAUAUCGGAGUAGUACGCAACCAUCGGGUUUGCAUUUACAAAGCUACUGUGUGGUCAUCAUGGAUUCAAGGGGGUUACAUACUGUACCAACCUGGGGCAUCAUUGUGUUACCCUAUAUAAUCAUUUAUAGGGGUCUGUUCAUAUCUUGGCCAAAUGAGCACACACAUACAGUACGUUUGUAAUACAUAAUCCCAGAUUGAUCAAGCCUUGGAGAGUGAUAAAGUACCAGCCAAUCAGCUCCUAACUGCCAUGUUUCAGGCUGUGUUUGAAAAAUGACAGUUGGGAGCUGAUUGAUUAGUAGUUUAUGACCGUGCAAUUUAUCUCUCUCCAAGGCUUGAUAAUUCUGAGUCAUUAUUCUGUACAUCCGCCUAUCCUGCACUUACUAAAUGAACCUAUAAGGAUAACAGUAUUAUCUAUAAUGUGACAUUUUCUGAAACGAUUUAUAAUUCCUGAGAAGAGACAGAACUUGUAUCUUUUUAUACCUGUUGUUACUAAUAUUUUGUAGAUAUUUAAUUGUUUUCGUUUUAUACGUUGCUGACAAAAACCUGAGAAUUGGGCAACAUCCAUUAACUGCUGUGGUCCCAUCUACAGGGGACUUGGGAGUAUAUUUACUAAAGUGCGGGUUUAUAGAAGGGGAGAUGUUGGGCGUAGCAACCAAUCAUCUAUCUAUUACCUUCUAGAAGAUAAUAGAUGCAAUCUGAUUGGUUGCCUUGUGUUUGAAAAAUGACAGGAGUGGAUUGGUUGGUACUUUGGGGUCUAUUUACUAAGCCUUGAAGGGAGAUAAAGUGGACGGAACGUAAAGUCCCAGCCAAUCAGCUCCUAACUGCCAUUUCUCAGGCUGGAUUUGAAAAAUGUCAGUUAGGAGCUGAUUGGCUGAUACUUUACAUCGGUCCACUUUUUCUCCAUCUAAGACUUAGUAAAUAGACCCAUUUUUUUCCUCUCUCUCUCUCCAAGCUUUGAUAAAUCUCUUAUACAAUGGAAAUGUGUAUGCAGGAGCGAAAAUAAUGUGUCAUUAAUUAUAUUAUUAACCACAACUUGGAUAUUUGAAAUUGCUAUUUUUUCUUCAGUGCCUAUUUAUUUUUAUUUUUAUUUUAUUUACGUGUUUAUAUUAAAGGCUGUACAUACAUUGCUGAA